AGAACCAUGAGCGGGAUGCGCGACGAAUUGUCGUAGAAAGUUCGUUUCACGCAACGAGACCGUAGAUAGGCGUGAAAGUGACAUAACAGAUUAGACAUGACGCGUCUUCUGCUGGAGGCAACUAUUAUGUUUUCAUUCCGAAGGGAAUUCAAGCUAAGCUCGUUAUGAUUGUUUACGUAAUGAAGCGAUGGACGCUCGCUGCGAGACAAUAGACUGCGAUACUCUGUUAAAAUCGCAGGCAAACAAGAAUUUACCAAUCCAACAUCUCCUAGAUCACACCUCGCCUAACCUCAAAGACAGGUAAAUGUCUAAGGAGCCUCGAAGAUCUCAAAUUUCGGUUCGCGCAAGAUUCGUCAGAUGAUGAAAUCUGUCAGCUGAUUACAAUUAAUCGUGACAAGACGGGGACGUCAAACUCCAGCUAAAGAUGUACAGUAUAAUUGGUAAAAAUUUGAACAGACGUACGUCCUUCUCCAUGGGGUUGAACGAGUGUCUUCUUUUUAUGUCGUACAAAAACGCUGGUCGUUUACGGGAAAUCACAACGGGCCAAGAAAAGCACUCGAAGGUGUACAGUCUGCGUAAGCACUGGUUCUCAAAAUACACAGACUACAUAAAGGACCUUCAAAAAAAUUUGGAAAAAAGUUUCCCAAAGACAAUGCGUAUAUACAGAGUAUUCAGCAUUGGAACGAAAGACUUCUACAAAGAUCUAAAACAAUACUUUGCUGUGCAAAAGAAAAAACGGGCUGUCGGUAUAGACAAUCUAUCGUUGGAAGAGCUGCAGUUACUUUACACAAUGCCAAAGGACAUCAUGAAGCUUACUCCGUUUCUCUUAACUGCCGCGCUGCCUAUGGCCAACUACGUCGUUUUGCCCAUAGGGUAUUACUUUCCAAGAAUAUUCUUAACUGCACAGUUUUGGGACCUUCAGCAGAGGCUGGACUUUGCGCUGUUGGAUCACAAGCGUCGGCUAAAACAUAACAAGCCUCUGUUCAGAUGCGUGCAAGCUAGUCUAAAUGAAAUAGAUGAUAAGGUAUUAAGGGACAAAUGGAACGAAGUGAUAGCUACUUUGGGUGCGGGCAGACAUCCUGCUACCCAAGAUAUUAUUGAAUGUAAAGUAUUGUUCGAGGAAGCACCUUACUCGCUCAGAUCGCUCAGAAGAAAACACCUGAGAGAGUUGUUGGCAAUCCACAAAAUGACCAGGUGGUUACCGUACAAACGGCAAAGGCUGUUAGAUAAAGGGAUGGUAAUUAAAAGAAUGGACCAAGCUAUAGAAGCCGGAGGUGGGGUGCACAAGAUGCCAAGUGAUGCUCUGCGAUGGGCGUUAUUCUUCAGAGGAUUGAACCCUGUAAACAUGUCAACGGAAGAUAUGCGAAACUGGCUCAGUAAUUGGCUCACAGUUUCAUCCACUGUGGAAAAAAAAAAUAUUUCAUUACUUCUGCACUGCCCGAUCCUGUUAGCUUAUAACCACGAGACAAACUGGACUCUACUGUAUUAUUAGCCAGGCCUAGGAAAUUUUUUUACCUUUGAAAUUUUGCUAUUUCUAUAAAAAUUUUAGUGAAAAACAGGGUUGAUGUGAUACAAUGUCAAGCAGCAUUGUCAAAUCUGAAUACAGGUAGAUAUGUAUUUUAC